CCCCUUUCGUAGGAAUCCACGGGGUUUGUUUUUAUCCCAAGAGGUCGUUCCACAGAUUCUGCCCGACAGCCCCUGCCUCCGAGGCGGGUUUCCAUGCUUUGACACAAUGCGGGCUCUGCCGGUCCUGCUGCUUCUCCUGGCCUCAGCAGAGCUUUCGUUCUCAUUGAGCCCUGCAGAUUGCGAGGCAGUUGGGCCGAAAGCUGUGGAAAUCCUGAAUCAGAUCAACGAAAAUCGAAGGGACGGCUACCAGUUUCAACUGUUGCGUGUUGCUGAUGCCCACACCGAUGCACACGGAGAGGAAUCUGCAGUUAUCCACUAUUUGGUCCUGGAUGUGAAAGAAUCAGACUGCUCUGUCCUGUCUAGCACACCCGUGCAGGAUUGCCAACCAAAAGGUGGCAAACGGCCCACUGAAACUGUCAUCGGGAAGUGCAAAGUGGUGGCCAUCACCCACCCAAACACCACUUGCAAGCCAGAACAUGAUGAGGUGAUUGAGUUCAACUGUACCACAAGCUCUGUUUCUUCUGCAUUAACCGACCCCACAUCUGGGCCUGUGAUUAUUGACUACCUCGAAAAUCCAGAACAAUAUAAGAAGCAGGCAGAGAAAGCACUCAAGGAGUACCAGGAGGCUGAUGCCAGUGUCUCCUCUUUCCAGCUGUUGAAGGUUGAGAGAGCUCUGGAGGAGAGGGGAGGAGAAAGUAUCACUUUGUACCUGGAUUUUAGCAUAAGGAACCACUCUGCAGAAGCCCCACCUCACCACUUCUCUGGGCCAGAAGGCCGGCCUCCACCUCCUCCCUUUUUCAGGAGCUGUCCGGUCUUUGGAUUUUGCUGGGCAGCUCUUGUGUAUAAUGUGCAGAAUUCUGACUUGAACAAACCAGAUGAUCUGCGUAUAAACUGUGAAAUUUUCAAGGUAGAGGACCCCAGUCAUUUCAGCAGUAAAAGACACCACCACUGGCCUCAUGGCCAUUUUGGUGGACAUAGGCACCAUCCUCCUAGAGGCCCACAUCCAUCACAUGGACAUUUCGGUCAUGGAUGCCAAGAACCUCCUCACCAUGAUCAUUCACAUGAGCACAGAGGGCCACCUCCCACCCACCCUCCUUCUUUGGAAGAGAGAGAGCCUAAAGGAGGGCCAGAUGAACCGGAUCUCCAUCAUCCUCAAGGAACUCAUCCCCCAUUUGGCCAUGCUGACCACCAUAGGCAUGGUUCACAUAAGCAUGGUCCUCAUGGUCAUGGUCCUCACAAUCAUGGUUCUUGUGGUUGUGGUCCUCAUGGUCAUGGUCCUCACGGUCAUGGUCAUCAUGGUCAUGGUCGUCAUGGUCAUGGUCAUCAUCGUCAUGGUCAUCAUCACCAUGGUCCCCAUGGCCACAGUCCAUGUAGGCGUGGGCCUCCACCUGGGCUCACAGAACAAGAUGUUCAUAGACUUCCUGCACUAAAGAAGGGUGAAGUCCUUCCUUUGCCUGAAAUCAGUAUUCCCAGUCGAGGUCAUUGUCCACACUCAGGAAGCCGAUACCCUCCAAAGCCAGAAAUUCAGCCCUUCCCACAGACAUCUUCAGAGUCCUGCCCAGGGAGCCUCAAGUUUGAAUCUCCACAACUUUUGCUAUUUUUGGAACAUAAGGAUUUAAAUUGAUCAGCUGAUUUUCACAAUGGAAAAAAACCACAAGAGUCAUGUGUGCUGAGUCAGAAAUAAAAGAGAAUCAGUGUAAAAUUCUAA